AUGGCCACGGUCCGAGAAGGAGCUCGCUUGGCGAGCUCGUUGGGACGAAGGCAGAUCCCUCUGCGAACUGUCCCCCUUUGUGCGAGGCGGUUCGCCUCGACAGAGGCCGAGAAGCCCUCAUCUGCUCUUUCAGACCUCGACUCUGCUUCGUCCUUUGCGACAGCCCCUCCCGAUGAGGCGGCCCUCAAGGCCUUCAAUGAGAAGGAGAAGGCCAGUUCUAGGGACAGGAAGCUCCCUGGUAACCGAUACCAGUACCACCCUCCCAAGUACUACCGAGGACCUCUCCACCCCGUUCAGAUGCCUCUAUCCUCCGACCCGACUGCUCGAGACUUCGUCCCUGGACCUUUCAACUUUCCCCGGCUAAAGCAUACCUAUGACAGCACAAUUGCCCCAGAUCUGAUGACCCUCACAUACCAACAUACACCUCCCGGUACUGAGCCACCGGUCUCCAACAAGGGUAACUUGAGAGAAUGGGACGGCUCCUCACCUUAUCAUGAGAACCGACCUCGUCGAGGACCUCGUGGUGGCGGCUCUUCAAGAUUGGGCAUAAUCGAGCGCCCAAUUGCCUGGCACAACAUCCCCGAGCUCGAGUCUGUCACUAUCAACUCGUUUGCUCCCCUCGGUGCCCAGAACAAGGAGUACCUUCACGUUUGCCGAGCAGUUGUCCAGGCUAUCUCGGGAGCUUUCCCUGAGGUGACUCGGGUCAAGCACGGUGUUGUUCAGUGGGGUGUCCGAAAGGGCGACAAGACUGGCUGCAAGGUGACGCUCCGUGGUGGUGCGGCCUAUGAGUUCCUCGACAAGCUCAUCACUCUGGUUCUGCCCAAGAUCAAGGACUGGCCCGGUAUCAAUGCGACUACAGGUGAUAGUGCGGGUAACCUGGCGUUUGGCCUGCGUCCGGCUUGGAUGGCGUACUUCCCUGAGAUCGAGUUCAACUACGAUAUGUACCCUGCACGACUGAUGCCUGGUUGUGAUAUCUUUAUUAAGACGACGGGAACCUCCGACAGACAAGGUCGUCUGCUCCUGGAGGCCUUGGGCUUGCCCUUCUACGGCAAGGCCACACACUAA